CUGUCCCAGGGGGCGGCGCGGGGAAACGACGCGGCCAAUCCGCCAGUUGGGCUGACUGGGGAGCGUCGAGAGGGAAGCAGGCGGACUCCCGGCAGCCAGAGGCGGAUCAGCUCGGCACCUGUGGCGGCUAGAGCCGAGUUUCUUGAGCAAGUCCCCAGGGCUGCUGUGUGAUGCCACCGCCCGGGCAGGAGCGGGUGGUGCCUGUGCUGGGGGCGCGUUGCAGAACCCUCUACCCCUUCUCCGGAGAGCGACAUCGGCAUGGACUGCGCUUCGCUGCGGGCGAGCUACUCACCGUCCUCCAGGCGGGGCCCGACGGCGGUUGGUGGGAAGGGGAGACGGCCGAAGGGCUGAGAGGCUGGUUCCCGGCCAGCUACGUCCAGCUCAUUGAGAAACCUAGGAAGGUCAUUCCUCAAGUUGGAGAAGAUUCUCAAAAUGGUCAUCUUCCACCUGGCUGGCAAAGUUAUAUGUCUCCUCAGGGGCGAAGAUAUUAUGUGAACACCUUCACCAAUGAGACUACUUGGGAGCGACCAAGCAGUAUUCCUGGAACUCCAAAGAAUUCUGUGAGCCAGAAGAACUCCUUGCCUACAGUGAACGGAUAUCACAUACCAGGCACGUUGGCAUCCCAGCUAGAGCCAAGCCACAUGAGUCUCCGCAAAAUCAGCAGUGACCCUCAGAGUCCUGGGUCUCCAUCACCUACUCGAAAGCAAAAUAAGGAGAACACCUUUACGAUAAACUGUGUGACUUUUCCCCAUCCUGACACAAUGCCAGAACAGCAGUUGCUAAAACCUUCUGAAUGGAGCUACUGUGAUUAUUUCUGGACUGAUAAGAAGGACCCCCAAGGGAACAGUACGGUCUCGGGAUUUGAAAUUCUUCUGCAGAAACAACUGAAAGGGAAGCAAAUGCAGAAAGAAAUGGCAGAGUUUAUUCGAGAAAGAAUAAAAAUUGAAGAAGAAUAUGCCAAGAACCUAUCUAAACUAUCACAGAACUCCCUGGCUGCCCAGGAAGAAGGGACACUCGGCGAAUCUUGGUCUCAGCUAAAAAAAAGCAUGGCUGAUGAAGCAGAGGUUCAUCUUAAAUUUUCCUCUAAGCUCCAGGCAGAAGUGGAGAAACCACUACUCAACUUCCGUGAAAACUUCAAGAAAGAUAUGAAAAAGUAUGACCAUCAUAUUGCUGAUUUGCGAAAACAGCUGGUUAGUAGAUAUGCAGCAGUGGAAAAGGCUCGAAAAGCAUUAACAGAGAGGCAAAAGGAUUUAGAGAUGAAAACACAGCAGUUGGAGAUAAAACUGAGCAACAAGACAGAAGAGGAAAUUAAAAAGGCCAGGCGGAAGUCUACUCAAGCUGGAGAUGAUCUCAUGCGUUGUGUGGAUUUGUAUAACCAAGCUCAGUCAAAAUGGUUUGAAGAAAUGGUAACCACCUCUCUGGAACUUGAGAGGCUAGAAGUCGAGAGGGUGGAAAUGAUUCGGCAGCACCUUUGCCAAUAUACACAGUUGCGACACGAGACAGACAUGUUCAACCAAAGUACAGUGGAACCUGUGGAUCAGUUGCUUCAGAAAGUGGAUCCAGCCAAAGACAGAGAACUGUGGGUAAAAGAACACAAAACCGGUAACAUCAGACCUGUGGAUAUGGAGAUAUAGACUUCCGUGACCAGGUGGGCUUUUGAGUCCACCCAGUUCGAGGGAUUUCCAUACAGCUUCAAGAGGAGGAACAGGAGAGAGGUUCCACUGUCAGCUUCCGUAUCUAUUUAUUAUUGUCUGUAGGGACUAUUUCUGUCAUGUUUGAUCAUUAUUCCAUUCCUAUAGUGCUAUGCCUUAAACAUCCAACAUUCCAGGGUUGAGAAGCUACUCUUUUUCCUUCUUUUUGAAACUGGCUCCUAGCAGCCAAGCACGUGCAGCUCCCAUGAUCAAUGGCUGGGUCUGUUUGCUGGUACAAAAAGAAUCUUGCUAUUCUGUGGUUAUCUAUUUUGUGCUACUCCCCUUGCAUGAUGCUCUGUUUUGUACUGUAAUGUUAAGACACAAAUAAGGCUGUGCCAAACCUAUGGACGGAUGAGUUUGAAUGUGAUUCUGGAAGCAGGGAGAUCCUCCUGAACUUUCCCCACUGAAUUAGGUGGGAUUGGGGAGGUGGUUUUAAAGUCCCCCCUCCCACCUCCUCUCCCACCUACACUUUAUGAAAUGGAGUUCAUAAUGCUUACCUACCUCACAGGGAUGUUGUGAGGAUAAUAUCUGUGUAGAGUGUUAUGUUUUAAUGACCAUUGUCUCCUAUAACUGCAAAUACUAUUGCAAGGCUACAGUGAAAAGGCUUUUUUGAGUAAAGAAAAGGAGGCUGUGGGUCAGGAGACAAUGUCACCCAAAGAAAAACGCUUGGGUUGGCCCCCUUUUAUACUGUCUCAGGUACUUAACUGGCUGCAAUCCUCAAGCUACUUGUGAUCUUUUGACUUCUCCAGGAUCUGCAGAAAUGAUCAGAGAAUUGGAACCAUUGAAACCACCCCCCCUCCAAUAGAAAAAGAGCACUUUCAAGACACAGUUGCCUCUUGUCAUGUGUGCUUCAAGAGUCUUUGGAAGAGUGCAAGAAACCAAAUUCAAAGUGAAUCGCAACCUGCAAAAUAACCUACAUGAGUGUUAGGUUAUUUAGAGUGUAGGAUCUUGCCUCUGCCAAUAUGUCUUCCCUGAUUUCCAAUUUUGUGGCUCAUGUCACAGAGAUCCCUGCAUUGAUGACACAGCAAAAUUCAAGUGAAAUUUGGGUACGGGGGGUGGGGGGAGAUUUUGCAAGCCUUUGGCUCUUGAGUUCCCACACUCUGGCAGCUAUUUUUUUAAAAAGUGUUUUAUUUUAUAACAGAGUUCAGGCCAUAUUAAGUCUCAUUAUAAAACUAUCAGAUGGUCAAAAAUCAGCACAAGUGAGUUAAGAUGUGACUAUAUGAAUCCAGCCAAAGAUGCAUUAUACAGCUAGAUAUUUUCAGAAGUGCAGCUAUUUAUGAUGGUACUACAAGGCCUUAUCAAUUGAUCCUGAGCUCCUUUAUUUCAGAAACCGUUGGGGAAAAACCACCAUGUUCUUUGUUCCCCUCCUUUUUUCAUUUGUCUUGCAAUGGUGUUUGUACAGGACAAAUAUUUGCUUCAAGUAUCAGAGCUUUAAUUUUUUUUGUACUGCCAAGUAUUUUGUUUGAACAUGUGUCACAAACAUCUACUAUUCAUUUCUUUAUUUCUUAAUUUUUUUUUUCCUGGAAUGCAUUUGUCAGUUUUUCGACCAGACUUUCCAUCAGCACUAUAGCUCUUGUCCUUUCUGUUUUCAAAGUAAUGGUUUUAACUUUAACUACAGAAAUGUAAUAUAGAUAACUUGAGCCUCUUAAAUUUAAAAGCAUAUAGGAGGAAAUUUGGGGUAAGAGAUGGCAUUGUUUUUGCUGGAUUAUUUGAUGCUUACAUUAAUAAAUACAGUAUGAAGAAAACUGGCACACAAGCUAUUCCUGUGAAUUACCACUCAAAUGUGCCCUCAUUUGAUUGAUUCUUUUCCCUUUCCCUUCGGCUUGUUUUCUAUUAUCAACAAAAUCUCUUUUUUCAUCUCCAAAGGCAUCACAGGUUUAUAAUAAAAAUAUAUAUUUUGUCUUUUUCCCAAGAAACUGACUGUCGAGAUUUGCAAAAAAGUACAAUUUAUCCUGCUGGUAUGUGUGAGUACAUUAAGGCCUGGAUCAAAAACAAUAUAAAAAGAAUUUCUAAGGCAUCUAUUCAGUUCCUUUCCUGUUUUGAAGCUUGUGAUAUUUCAUUAUUCCUUGCAACCUUUCUCUAACUGACUGUUUUCAGAACUUCCUUUAGUUGUUGCCCAUUAAUUCCUGGGCUUUUUCUGUUUUCCAUACUUGAUACUGUUUAACUAUAUGUUCUUUUGAUAAAAUGGACUGCAAUUCUUUGUACAUUCCACUCUAACUUUCUUCACGAUCAUCAAGCAAACUGCUUGUAGCAUAUUACAAAAGUUGCUCUUUCCAAAUUAUAUUUUAAGAUUCCAUUUUAAAUCUGACUUAAUUUAAAAUAUCCAUCUUAUUUUUUUAGAUAAAAAAAUAGUCAAAGCACCUUAAUUGUAAAUGUAAAAACACUGCCUGAUCAUUUGGUUUUCGUGUAUCUGCUGCUUUCUAUAACUAACAAUUGUCUCUUUUUUUGUUUUUUCUGUAUCUUUCAUUAUUAUCUUACCCAUUACUUUGCUUUUCUAGUUUCUUUUUUCACUGAAAGCUCCAGUGAUUGGUGAUGGCAAAAUGUAAUUUGAUUGCAGAAAAAUUCCCAAAAUUUUACAAAAACUUCAGUGGUGGGUUGCUACUGGUUCGCCCUGGAUCGGGCGAACCGGUAAUGGUGGUGGGAGGCUCCACCCACCCAUUCGGACGUUUCUGCGUAUGCACAAGUGCGCGCGUGCCCAUGAAUGAACCAGUAGCGAUGGAUUCUGAAACCCGCCCCUGAGAAGCUUGUAAAUAGAUUCGUAGGUCUCUGGCUUUAAUUAUUUCAAAUACUACAGUGUAUUUUCCUGACUAGCUUAAUCUAUGUUUUCUUUCAAAUUCUACAUGUCUUUUAAACAUUAUUAUUUUAUAUGAAGGAUGAAAAAUACACAUUGUUCACCAGACUCCUUUUUAUGCUCCGCAGGGUUUGGGUGAAAAGAUUGGAACCAUUUCUCUGUCUUUUGGGAAUUUGAGUUAUUAAGGGCCAACAUGAGAGUUGUAAGCUUGCAAUUGCUUAAAAUGCUAAUUUCACUACUUAAAAUUCCUCAGGUCACCAUAGUCUCGGUACUUUUCGAGUUCAGCCCUCAGCAUGUCAUGCAAAGCUCAGAUGCUCUCAGUCCAUGCAAUUUAUGGCAAUCAUGCAGUUAUUCCUGUAUGGCCAUGAUUAACAUAACCAUGGGGUGAUAGCGAGAGAGCAAAGUCUCAGUUGAUGAUCUACUUAAAACAUCUGUUAUUUGGGAUCCAUUACAGGCAAUCCUCUACCUCUGACCACAACUGAGCCAAAAAUUUCUAUUGCUAAGCAAGACAUUUGUUAAGUGAGUUUUUGGCCCAUAUUAUGACUUUUCUUGCCACAUUUGUUAAGUGAAUCACGGCAGCUGUUAAGUUAGUAAUAUGGUUGUUAAGUGAAUCUUCCCCAUUGACUUUGCUUGUCAGAAUGUUGCGAAAGGGGAUCACGUGACCACAGAGUAAGGCAGCCGUUAUAAAUAUGAACCAGUUGCCAAGCAUCUGAAUUUUGAUCACAUGAACAUAGGGAUGCUGCAACUGUCGUAAGUGUGAAAAAUGAUCAUAAGUCACUUUUUUCAGUGCCAUUGUAACUUUCAUUGGUCACUAAAUCAACUGUUGCAAAUCGAGGAGUACCUGUAGUUAUUUGAAGGAAAGUAAUCACCAAUCCCUUUGUUUUAGCUUGGUAGAAGUCUUUUAGCCAGCUUCUUCAAAACCAUUGGGCUUUCAAAUUUAUUUGGCCCAUCAGACUCAAAUUAUUAUUAUUAUUAUUAUUUAUUAGAUUUUUAUACCGCCCUUCUCCCGAAGGACUCAGGGCGGUUUACAGCCAAAGAUAAGAACACAAGCAAUUUACAAUUAAAACAAAAUUAAAAAACUUAUUAAAUAAUUGGCCGAAAUUUAAAACAUUUAAAAUCUAAAAACCCUUAAAAUUCAUCUAGAAAUUUAAAAUUUGAAAAUUUAAAAUUUAAGCCAGCCCCGUGCGAGUAAAUAAAUACGUUUUCAGCUCGUGGCGAAAGGUCCGAAGAUCAGGCACUUGGCGCAAGCCAGGGGGAAGUUCGUUCCAGAGGGUAGGAGCCCCCAUAGAGAAGGAUCUUCCCCUGGGGGCCGCCAGCUGACAUUGCUUGGCGGACGGCACCCUGAGAAGUCCCUCUCUGUGUGAGCGUAUGGGUCGGUGGGAAGCGUGAGGUAACAGUAGGCGGUCCCGUAAGUACCCAGGCCCCAAGCCAUGGAGCGCUUUAAAGGUAGUAACCAAAACCUUAAAAACACUGGUGCUACUUUUUCCAUUCCUUUUUUGUAGGACAAGAUAUAACUCACUUGAAUGUUCUUGUUGAAGUUUUCUUUCACCAUGGAAAGCAGUUGUGGGUGAAACCUGCAUAUUUUCUCUUAAGCUUUGCUCUUUGGAACAUUCCACUGCUCAGUUGCUUUCUGAUUUGUGUUUUAGACUGGUGAUAUGUCUACAUCUAGACUUCCUUGACUCCAAAAGGUAGAAUGCGAAAGCCCAUAUAUUAGGGACGCAGAGAGAGAAGAGGAUUAGCAUGUCAGACCUGUGAGACUCUUUUUCUGUUUUUGAAGUUCAACACCUCACUGCCUUUUAAAUGUGCCUGUUAUUAUUACCCUUUUAUAUUGCAAUGGAUUUGCCAUUGGGUUUUAUUUUUCCUUUGCAAAUCUUACUCACUGCAUUCCUGUUACAUGACAUUUUGGUAUGACUUACAGUUGUGGGAUGAUUUUCAAGUGUACUUUGUGCCUUUUGCUUCUCGGAAUGUUUAUAUCCGUUCAUAUUUAGCUUGGAUGUUCAUCAGAUUAGCCAGACGUUUACAACCUGAUUUUGUUUAAUGUGGUUUCUAGCUGCUUAAUCUCUCUUAAUUGCAUAGCUCCCAUUCUUUAAACAUUCCCAAUGCUCAAGAUUUGAUUUAUUCUCCUUUCAGGAUUCACAAGAUAGCAAUGCUUUGUGAAAUUCUCUUUCUAAUCAAGUAUUUUAGAGAGAAAAAUAUUAAGAGAGAAUUGCAUUUUUUUUCCAAAGGAAGCACUUUGGAUUACUGAAAUAGAAGUGCAAUAUUUGGCAUAUUUUUAGUUCCAUGUCGGCUUAGAGAUGAAUGCAAGCAUAGAUAAACAAUGUAAUGUUGUAGUAUGAAGGACUUCUUAUUUAAUAUUGUGACUAUGCCACUCUUUUACCCUUCCAAUCCAGUGGUGGGUUUCAGUUACCUUUGCUACCGGUUCGCUCGCAUGCGCACCAUUUCUGCACAUGCGCAUAUCAUAUUUGAUGAUGGGCAGGUGGGCGGAGCCUCCCACCGCCACCACUACCGGUUCACCCCAGUUCAGGCGAACCAGUAUCAACCCACCACUGGUCCAAUCAUGUUACAUGUUCACUGGACAUAGUCUGUUCUCACUAAGCUAUUUGGAGGGCUCCUUCCCAAAGUUUUGCUAUAAAUAUCUUUGCACUUUUACAAACUUUGAGGCUCCCGUGAAUCUGUUGUUCCUCCUGUCCUGAAAAUAGAUGGUGGCAUUUUAUAUAAGGAUUGGCAUUCAGAGAAUUGAGAAACCACCUCAUAUAUGACAAUGUUCUUUACAGAUUUUGUAGUAUCUGAAUAGAAAGUGGUAUUCUGGGUUCUGUUUGGAUUUUCAUCCUGUAUUAUCUGCCCACAAUGAGUAAGCUGAUCCUUAUUGUUUUAUUUUGCUGAUUAGUUAGUAUCUAGCUUGUUCACAAUGCUUGUCAGUGUGAUUUGUCACAGAUCAGAUCUGGAGCACACAGUUAGUUUGGUUCUUCCAUAGCAAAUCUACUGACCACAGCAAAUCCUCUGCUAUGUAAUCUCGGUUCUGUUCUCUUGUGAACUUUAUAAUAUAACAAUACACCUGCUUUUCUUACUUUAAUAUUAUGUCUCUCUUGUGAAUGGGGCUGGGCAGAUUUAAUACUGAAUUUCCGAUCCUGAAUUCAGUGAAGAAAGGUCAAAAAUAGGUAUGGUUUCUCUAUUUCAGGGGUCUCCAAGCUUGGCAACUUUAAGACUUGUAGACUUCAACUCCCAGAGUUCCUCAGCCAGCUUUGCUGAAGUUGAAGUUGAGUUGAAGUCUACAAGUCUUGGAAGUUGCCAAGGUUGGGGACCCCUGCUCUGUUUAUAAGUUUCUUUAAAUUAUUUCUGUUUUAAUACAGGUAGAAAGCCUAAGCAAGUAGAUUUCCCUUUUCUUAGUGCAACCCUACCUGCUCUUCAGAAUUACAUUCUCCUGUAUCGGAAUUGAACACAUCUUUAAGAGAGCAAUAUUUAUGGUUCAUAAGGAAGGAAAAAGCAACAGUGUUGUUGUUAAAUUAAUGACACAGCAUGCUGAAAUUCCAGCUGUAAGUUGCACACCUUUGGAGGCACUCAGAACCUCCAAUGCUUUUAAGGCAUUGUCCUCCCAGGCUAAUAAAGGUAUGAAAAAGUUCAAAUUCUAUGCACAUCUCUCUCUUUUCCCUCAUCCCCUGCAGCAGGGAUGAAGAUUCUUGUUAAGAUUCUUAAAUCUUACCAAAGGACAUUUUCUUCUGUCAGGUUUUCCUGCAUGCAGCAAAAAUUUCUGCUCUAUUUAGCCCAGGCCUAGGGAGGAAUGGCAAGGUAAAACCAACUACUGAUUGCCAUCAAAGAACAUGCAGAUUUUGAUGGGCACUGUAGUCAACUACCAUCACAGUUGCUUUCUGCUGGCGUGGUGAGUCUCCAUUCUGUUACUAACCCAGGGUUGGAUGUGAAAGUGGCAGAGAAAGGCCAUCAUAAAAACAGCUUUAAGUUUCCAUCUUUCAAGAAAAUUGAAAGAAAGGGAAAGUGACAGACAAGACCAUUGUCUCAGAAUAGCCAGAUGAAUUUUUUUUAAGUCAUUCGGUAGAUAACACAAGAGAAAAAUAUCCCAAGCAAUUAACCCAUGAAGGAGUUUGGAUUGAGCUAUUUAAAUAUCAGAUUGAUUAAAAGAAAAUGUUUAGUAAAUAAAUGGGAGAUAUGUGUCAAUCAGUAAAUAGUUGGAUUAGCUUUUCCGUACAGUAUUUCCUCUUUUUGCGGGAAUUGGAAUGACAAAUCUGUAUUACUUGCUCUGUUUUGUUCAGAUUUUCCUCUUCAUAUUCAGAAAUAGCCACUAUCACAUUCAAGAUUAUAACAAUUGUUCUAAGGUUAUUUUUGAGAGAAACCAUUAUUAGGAUACCUUCUGAUCCUUUUUUCCCCUCAUAGAUUUAUUCACAAAUAUUUGAAAUUUAGAAAAUAGAUGUUUAGACUAUUAAUGGCCAUGUUCUCAAAGAAUCAACAAUAUGUGUUUUGAUGCCUCUGAUUUGUUACCACUCAAAUAUGGGGCAUGUUGUACAAAGCAAGUCACUGAUGGCCACAGUGGAAACCCCUUCCUGAGGUGUACUGAUUGUAAUUCCAGUGGCAGUUAGAGUUGUUUUUUUUCAAUUUCUAAAGGAAUUUGUGUCUCCACUGAAACAUUGAUUUGAACCAGUUGUGAAAUCCAAAUCUUUUAACUACUGGUGGUGUGACCCAGACCCAAGCAGGUAGCAAUAAACACAGUCCUUAGUAAAAAUACACUUCAUUCAAACAGCUGAGAAUUAAUUUAUUCCAGCGCCGGGUAACUCAAAACAAAACAAAGGCUUCACCAACAAACAAACGUUCUUCAGUUAUCACAAACCUGAGUUCAGUUUGGAUAACUGCCAAGGUCCUUUCUGAUAAAUGUCCAGAGCAGAGAACAGAGCAAAGAGCGCAGCUGCAACAUUGCUUUCCGGCAAACUGAGACAUCGGUGCUGAUCUCCUUUUAAACCUUAUGGGACGGGCCAAUCAUCUCUUGGCCCUACUCCCGAGGUGACCUCUCUGCUUGAGCUGCUCCUGCCUUCUGGCAGCUCUUCUGCGGGCGUUAGGAACAGGCUGAUCGCAGUCCGAUUCCGCCGACAGCUCUGUAGGCUGCUGAUGGGUCACAACAACUGGUUCUGGGGGCGUGGCUUGGUGGGUGUGGCAGGGGAAGGAUAUUGCAAAAUUUCCAUUCCCAUCCCACCCCUGGGGCCAGCCAGAGAUAGUAUUUGCCAGUUCUCCGAACUGCUCAAAAUUUCCACUACCAGUUCUCCAGAACCUGCUGGAUUUCACCCCUGAUUUGAACCCAUUCUUUCAAUUUUCAAUCAGUAUUAUAGUGUCCCUGACUUAAGAAAGCUACUUGAAGUAUUUUUAAUAGUUACUUAAACAUUGCAUCAUAUGCCUCUAAAUAGACAGAUGAAAUGGGAUCAUCUGGAAUGCUGUUGUGCUUUUCUUCUGACAGCAGGAUGAACAUUUAGUUAAAGACAAUUUUCUCAUAUAAAAAACGGGAUUAAAAACUUGCACUUCAAGUAUUUUGAUGGAAAUUUCUACACACCAUGUAUAUUUACAAGAUUUAUCCAUUGAAAAGCUAUAGCUUCUUUCAAAGAAACUUGGAGUUAAUAGUUUGGUGACAACAUUUCAUUAAAGAUUUUUAACUUGCUGUUCAGAAGCAUAGUUUCCAGAGCCACCGGAAGAAAAGAAGUAUCUAUUGGGAUAAUUUAGAAGUAUAGUUAUGAACGUUAAUACCAGUGCUUAUGUAGAUAAUGUGGAUAAGGAUAUGUGAAUAGUGUAAAUAAAUAAAUUUUAUGUAGUCCAAUACCUUGAAUUUUUUUUCUGUCCACCAGUAAGAUAUUCUUUGCUUUACUAAUGUAUUGUCAAAGCAUAGCAAAGAAUUAUUAUGGGUGUUAUUUCUGCUGAAAGCAGCUGGAAAAAUAGCUAAAUAUAUUGAGAUAAGCCCAAAGAGAUGAUUUUUUGGCCCUGGCAUUGAUCAAAAUAGAUUUUAAACUUCAGAGACAUAGCAUUCACAGGAAAAGAAAAGAAGAGCUAUAUGAAGCUUAGGUGGGAAUUGGAUUUAAUCAUUCUUUGAAUUGUAGGAUUCAGUUCAGUUUCAAUUGCUUUGGGAUCAGUUCUAGAGUUCCCUGGGGUUUUGUGCAAAGUUAAAUUGAAUUGAUGAUUCAGAUUGAACUGACCAUUUGAAACAAAUCAUGGAUAACUUGCACAAUGCUCUCCAAUCAUUCUUAGCAACAUGAUGGACAUUUGCUAUUAAGUGUAGUCUUGCACACUAUAUAUUGUACCAGGAGGUGGCACUACCACAUGGCAUCUAAUGUUGCCAAUGCUAUAUGGAUUUUCUUGCUUACAGUUUCUGUAACUUUCAUUUGCUUUUCAGCUAAAUAUGUCAACAAAAAAUGUUUGUAACCCAAAAUAGAUGUGAAACAUCUUCAAAGAUGUCUUGGCAGUUUGCCAGUAUCAUUUCCUGAAGAACAAGGCAUGGCAAUAAUAGCUAUAAAAGAAGAGUAGUAUAUCCUUGCUAGUUUGAUAUUUUCCAAUGCAGGGAUCUUAUAGGUUUCUGUUUCUGAGACAAUGAAGUUUUCUGAUUAUAUAUAUAUAUAUAUAUACUCAAAAGUAUUUAAUUUUGGUUUUUUGGGAUGGUGGGUGGCAUCUUUUCAACCCUCUAGCUAGACAAGUGCUGAAAUGCAUUCUCUAUUCAUGUACCAUGAUUUGCUUGCUAAAUCUGUUGAUGGACAAUGCACAAUAAUUUCUCAUCAACUUUAUAUAUUACACCAACCGAGAUUAGAUAACCUGCAGACCUUGAUCUCCUUCACACUUUACUUUACUUUAUUGAUUAGCCCUUAUCAAAGUGCAAAAUUCCAGACACAAAUCAUUACUAAAAUCUGAUAAAAACAAUUUAAAAUGGAAUUGGAUAAAAUACAAUUUAAAAUGAAAUUGAGAUAAAAUGAAAUUUUAUCACCAUGAAAUGCUAAGGAGCCCAAGUGGUAAUCUUAGCGUAUCAUUAAAAUUGAGUAGCAAUGUAACCAAAUUUCAUUGUGAUUCUUUGGGUUAUUUUUCUUGUUUGGGAGAGAUUUAAGAUUAGGAAUGGUAGUGGUUGCUUUCCAAGGCUCUCUGGUCAUUAAAUAGACACACAAGCCCAAAACAGACCAAAAUAUUUCAACCUCUAACCUGAAUUGUGGCUCCUGAACUUUUAGAAAUUGUCACCUCUGCACUAAGCUUUAAUGUCAUUUUUUUAAUUUGGCUUAGGUGUUCCAAGCGCCCAUUUUUUGUGGUUUAAAAAUAUGCUUUUUAUUUUUAUAUAUAUAAAAAUAUAAUACUAUGUGUGAACUUGUGCGUGUGUGUGUUUUUAAAAAAAGAAGCCUGAUUAAAACAAAAAUAGAUUAGCACGUUAUGAUAUGUGAUUGCAUUGAUCUUGACAUACUCUUAUAAUAGAGUCAAAUAUUGGUUUUUUGCUAAAAUUCAGGUGCCAAUUAUGAUGUUUUAAAAUGAUUUGUUUCAGUCCUGUUCAUGUCAGUGCAGAAACAUGUUCUAUUAUAUUUUCCUGAAUAUAGAUGAAUGGGAUUAUAACUAGAGACUUUAGAGAAUUUGCACUUGUGAGGUAAAAAUCCACUUUGCGAAUUUUAAUAGAACAUUUUUUAUUACAGAUUUAACAAUAAUAAAGUAUUACGUGUAAAUUUUGGCAUUUUUUUUACAACUGGUACAUAUCAUGCUUAACCAGCAAACUCCAGGCUUGGUGAUCUUAGAUCCAAACAGAUGCUGUUUACAAAUGAUUCUGCUUAUUACCUGGUUGGUUUUUUUUCAAAUAAAUGUUUAUGGAAGAUGGUUUGAAUCAAUUAUAUUAUAUUUUUUUGAAUUUAUAAAGGAACAUAGGUCUUUGUUAUGCUAUGAAUGAUCUUUUGAACCUAAAACAUAUUAGAUCAAAUCUAGAAAAAAAAGAGACCAUCUUCAAUGUUAGAGUACUUAGUAGUAGUCAUUCCUAUGUAGUAGCAAUAACAUUGGUUGCCGAACAAGCAAGUGAAAAUGGUUGCAAUCAAAAACUUAGCAAGAUGAAUUUAUAACCGAUUACAAUUAGCAAAACCUAAACCCUAUAUACAUUUACUACUCCUAGGCAGUAAACAUUUCCAUUUAAGUGUUCAUAGGAACCAUCAUCAUGCUUAAUAUGUGUCCAUUGCUUUUGAAAUAGGGCAGAUAAAAACUUUAUUCAUUUCUGAAACUAAUUUUCAUGAGAAUCUAUUUUUCAUUGCUUUUCUCUAAAUUAUCUAAAUUUGCAGUAUAUCCUUGAUAUCAGAACAGUUCGUUUUACUCAUACUUGUAUUUCCAAAUGUUUUAGACUUAACACAAGCUAUAGGUAAAAAAAAAUUCGGAUAAUGUAUUCAUUUUCAUUAUCCCAAAUAAUUGUUUUUCAAAUAUAUUAGCUUGGGAGGAUAGAUUUGGCCAGCCACCAACUCUCCUCCAAGGCAGAUUUUUAUAACAAAAUAAAAUAAAAUGGCAUUGCACACCUGGUAUUUUUAUUCUAUACCCUUUUACUAAACACUUUCUAAUUUUUUACAAUAAAAUAUGUCUUUUGCCAGCGGUAAUGGCUUUGAGUUUCAUAAUACUUUACUGCUGAUUUUUGGCAUAUAGAAACCUAAUUCUACUGUAAGCCCUCUGUAUUAAUAAUAGCAAUGAGUCUUUAAUCAUUGUGAACACUGUUAUAUGGCUUUUUGUCCCAUGCAAUUGUAUCAUUAAAAUACUGUGGCUGAAGAGGUAAAUGCUUGUUAAGAUUCAAGGGAAACUUUGUUGGUUCAGGUAUGUCUCCUGUGUGUUAAUGUCAAUGGAGUUGCACUGAUUUACCCCAGCUAAAGAUCUAUCCUUUAAAUGUUGAAAGUAUUUGCUAUAAAAAAUUGUUUUAUGUACAAACAUUUCCAUAAACUUUGUAUUUUCUUCCUAUUUUAGCAAAUUUGUAUUAUGCAGUUGAAAAGCUUUGUCUCAUCUCAUGUAAAAUAAACUGUACAGUCCAUUAAA